AUGUUCGCUUGCGCUGUCCCUUUGAGCUCGUCCAAUGAAGCGAGGAUGUGGGAGGGUGGUCGGGCGAACCGGCCAUCCUCUGACGCAUGUGGACAGCCCCACACACUGUCCCCGGCCUGUCCGGCCCCUUCACACCCAACUCCCCGCCGGCCUCGGCAAGAAUGGCUCAGCUUGGCCACCAGCCACCCUCCCCCUGUCCUCUCUGUCUCUCUCUCCACCCCUCCGCCCAGCAAGCCCUCAAUACCUCCGACUCGCCUUGGAGACGCGAGUGGCCGGCCCGGUCCUAAUUACUCUUCUCCUUCCCACAACACCGCCACCCCAGACCCCCGGCUCCACCCGGCCUAA